AUGGCGGCCAGUGCUAGCCCCCUGCACCCAUACUGGCCUCGGCACCUGAAACUGGACAACUAUGUGCCUAACGACUACCCUACCUGGCACAUCCUAGCUGGCCUCUUCUCCGCCACUGGAGUCGUAGUUGGGACCACAUGGCUGCUGUCAGGACCUACUGCCAUCGUCCCCCUGGGAAUCUGGCGACGACUGUCACUGUGCUGGUUUGCGGUGUGUGGGUUCAUUCACUUGGUGAUCGAGGGCUGGUUCAGCCUCUACAGCAAGGAGCUUCUUGGAGACCAAGCCUUCUUGUCCCAGCUCUGGAAAGAGUAUUCCAAGGGAGACAGCCGUUACAUCCUGAAUGACAACUUCAUGAUAUGCAUGGAGACUAUCACGGCUUUCCUGUGGGGACCGCUCAGCAUUUGCGCGGUGGUUGCCUUUCUCCGCCAGCAUCCUGCCCGCUUUAUCCUACAGCUUGUGAUCUCUGUGGGCCAGAUAUACGGGGAUGUGCUCUACUUCCUGACCGAGUACCGUGACGGAUUCCAGCACAGCGAGCUGGGCCACCCCCUCUACUUCUGGUUCUACUUUGUCUUCCUGAAUGCCCUGUGGAUGCUGCUGCCUGGAAUCCUCGUGCUCGAUUCUGUGCAGCAGCUCAUGCACGCCCAGAGCAUGGUGGAUGUCAAAGCCACCAAAAUGAAGAGCAAGCAGAAGUAA